UAAGCAACGCUGUAUAUAUACGCAGCAGCAGUUGUGAUUUGAGCGCGCGAAACGAAGUUGCACAUGAAGAUGAAUGAUUCUCCGUUUCCUUCUCCAAUCAUCAACAUACUCAAAUCUCCAUGGCCAUCAUUCUUCUGUCGUAGGGUUUCUGUGUUUGUUCCGGGGACCAAAGAUGAACUCUCUCUAUAACAAUCUCCAUCGCUACAAGAAUUCGUUGAUUUACGACCAGCAAAAGCCCUUUUGGAAGCAGAUUCAUGAUCCAAAUGGAGAAUUCGUUUCCAGAUGGAACCACAUUUUCCUCUUCACUUCCUUUGUCGGUCUCUUUGUGGAUCCUCUGUUUUUGUUGCUUCCUAUUAUUGUCGAUACCUGCACCAGCACCGAUAAUGUAUUGGGAUACGCCAUAAUAAUCUUUCGCCUAAUGGUUGAUUGCUUCGCCUUCUUUCAGAUCUAUUUGAAGUUCCGUACAGCUUAUGUUUCCAAGGAAACAAGGGUUUUUGGCAAGGGUGAUCUGGUGAUGGAUGAACGCUUGAUUGCUAUGCGUUACUUAAAAACCGACUUUAUCAUUGAUCUUGCUGCUGCCCUCCCACUCCCACAAAUUGUUAUUUGGUUUAUAAUGCCAUUGAAUGGUUCAUCACCCACUCAUGCUAAUCAUUCCAUCUCUUUGAUCAUCAUGGUUCAGUAUUUGCCGAGAUUGUGUGUCAUUUUCCCCUUAAAUUCAAAGAUUAUUAGGAAUACAGGUGUUGUGGCAAAGACAGCUUGGUCUGGUGCCGCAUACAAUCUUCUCUUAUAUUUGCUAGCAAGUCAUGUUUUAGGAGCUAUAUGGUAUCUGAUGUCUAUUGAGAGGCACUUUUCAUGCUGGAAGGAUGAAUGUGCAAAGAAGCAGAAGGGUUCUCCAGAUUGUUAUAAAGAUUACCUUGAUUGCUCAUCACUUAGUAAACCUGGGCGUCAGGAGUGGUCGGAAACCACUGAGGUAUUCAAGAAUUGCGAUGCUACUGGUGAUAUAACAUUUGAAUUUGGAAUGUUUAGUGAUGCAAAUACUGAACGAGUUACAUCUGCUAGCUUCUUUGACCGAUAUUUUUACUGUCUAUGGUGGGGUUUAAAGAGCCUAAGUUCAUAUGCACAAAGUAUUACUACAAGCAUUAACAUUGUCGAGACGCUCCUUUCUAGUCUUAUUUGUCUUCUGGGUUUGGUCUUCUUUGCACUGCUGAUAGGCAACAUGCAGAGCUAUCUACAAUCCAUGACAGCAAGACUUGAACAAUGGAGAGUUAAAAGAAGGGACACUGAAGAGUGGAUGAGGCACCGUCAGCUACCUGAAGAUCUGCAGGAACGUGUUCGUCGAUUUGUUCAAUAUAAAUGGUUAGCUACAAGAGGUGUAGAGGAGGAAGAAAUUUUGCUUUCCUUACCCUUGGAUUUAAGGCGUCAGAUUCAAAGGCACCUCUGCCUGGCACUUGUUCGUCGCGUCCCUUUCUUCUCCCAGAUGGAUGAUCAGCUCUUGGAUGCAAUAUGCGAAUGCCUUGUUUCAUCAUUGAACACAAAAGACACGUUUAUUGUUCGGGAAGGAGAUCCAGUAAAUGAGAUGCUUUUCAUAAUUAGAGGUCAACUUGAGAGUUCAACAACUAAUGGAGGAAGGUCAGGGUUCUUCAACUCCAUUAUGCUAAAUCCCGGUGAUUUUUGUGGUGAAGAAUUGCUAACAUGGGCCUUAGUGCCCAACCCAAAUCUUAAUCUUCCAUCUUCAACUCGAACAGUGAAGUGCCUUACAGAAGUUGAAGCAUUUGCACUUAGAGCUGAGAAGCUCAAGUUUGUUGCAAACCAGUUCAGACGCCUCCAUAGUAAGAAACUACAACAUGCAUUCCGGUACUACUCACACCAAUGGAGGACAUGGGGAGCUUGCUACAUACAAGCUGCAUGGAGACGCCAUAGGAGGAAAAUAUUAGCGGAAGAAUUGUCAAGAGAAGAGAGCUUGUACUACAGGGGAGGUAUGGACCAAGAUGAUGAUUAUGGUGACGAAUAUCCAGAAGCUGGUGGCAAUUCUCCGGAUCAGGCAACAGAAAGCAGUGUUAAUCAUCUUGGAGCUACAAUAUUGGCAUCAAGAUUUGCUGCUAAUACCAGAAGAGGCAAGGUGGCACGAGUGGACCCUAGUGAAUCCAGCUUACGUAUGCCUAAGCUUUUUAAGCCUGACGAGCCUGAUUUUUCUGAUGAUCCUUAGCCGUUGAAGCAUCAGUUGUUGUUUUUGGGUUGGAGUUGAGAGUUAGUACGUAGGUUGCUUGUUGCCCUGUUUCUUGCUAUACAAAAGAAAUCAUUUAUUACAUACUAGUGCAGUGAUUAACUACUUCACAAAUGUAAAUUGACUGCUAACUUUAAUCACUUUUAGUGACACCCAAAUGGUUUCAUGUAAAUCACUGUUACCAGUGAACAAUUAGAAUCUGAAUAUUAUUUCGUUGAUAAAUCAAUCCAAGUUGUUUCUA